CAAGCCUACACACAUAUAUUGCGCUAAUAGAAAUUACUUAUUUGAUGCAUUAAAAGCCUGAUUUGUAAAAGUAUCUAACCAAUUAUAUAUAUCCAAUAAUUACGAUCAUUAUUAUUAUUUAUUUUUUUUAUUGCCAUCAUUAUCGUUAUUAUCACUAUUAUUCAUAAACACUUUGGUUUUCUCUAUUCACUUACAUAAAAAUUACACUACACGUGAUUAAAACAAACAGCUUACAGUCAACGAAAUUUUCUAUUGCUUGAAUUGUUUCACAUUAGGUGUAACAAACGAAGAGACUUGGAGAUAAUUCAUGCCAAAUAUCAUACAAUAUAGUAAUAAUAAUUAUAACCGAUUUGACUGUUAAUUAUUCUUAUUUCAUCAUUGUUCAUCUAUACUAACAAAGGGCCUAUUAAGCUAUGUUAACAAUGCAAUCGAAUUAUUAUGGAACACGAUCUGAUACACGUCUUGGUGGGUCAAUUCUACCAUCACAAUUAACAAAUUAUUCUACACAACAGAAUCAACAAUUGGCACAUCAACAGCAUCUUCAACAAAAUCAAUCAUUUCAAGCACAAAGCCUACAUGAAGUUCGUUUACCUUUGAUAAAUACUAGUAGUAAUAAUAAUAGUACAUCAGUUAAUCCACCUGAUAUAAUACAGAAUUCAAAUUCUCCUGAUGAACAUUGCAAUUUUCCAGUACCAAGACAAUUAAAUCUACGACAUAAUAAUAAUAAUAAUAAAAUAAAUAGUCAAGAAUGGAUACAAAAUAAUACUGAAUGUAAUAUGAGACUUAGUUAUGCAACAGUUCAAUCACCACCGACUAGUGAAGAAUUAUCAUCUACAUCAACACGUUCACAUCUUAAUUGUACAAUAUCCAAUAGACAUUCUCCAAAUAAUUCAACACCAUCACCAACAAUUACAUCAACUUUAACUAAUAGUAAUAAUAUGAAUACAAGAUUAUUAAAUCAACAAUUUUAUUCUGAUAUAAAUUUAAUUCGUCAAUCAUCGACUACUUCAAAUACUUAUGGAAGAAAUGGACCAAAAGAAUUAGAUUAUUUACUGGCAGCAAAUGCAGCUGCUGCACUUGUUAGCCAACUUGGUGGUGGAACAACAUCAGUUAACAGUUUAAAUUCAAAUAUAACAAUGGAACAGAUAAAUAAUAGUUCAAAAUUACUUCAUCGUGAUAUAAAUCCAUUGGAAACAUUUACAGGUAAAGAUUUAUUAAUGCAUAAUGAAUUAAGAUAUAAUAAUAAUAGUGUUAACCAUACUACUAAUGGGAUCAUUAGUAGUAUCAGUAGUAGUAGUAGUAGUACUAAUAGUAAUAUAAAUUUAUCAUAUGAUGAACAACAACGACUUAUGUAUCCAAGUACAGAACAAAAAUCUUAUUCUAAUAAUAUAUUAAAUCCUUUCAAUGGGACCAAUUUUAUGCAUCCAAUAGUUCAAACGAAUUCAUUGAUGACACGUAAUCAAAAUGGUUCAUUUCAAUUGAAUACAACUCCAAUCAAUACAAUUAAAAAUAAUAAUAAUAAUAAUAAUAAUCAUAUUACUGAUUCACAUACACAUCUAUAUGAUAUAUCGUCUUUCAAUGGUCAAAAUCCAUACUCCCUUACAAGUACAUUUCAUUUGAAUCCACGUGGAUCACAUCAAUCAUAUAUGAAUGAUACAAUUAAAUUAAGUGGGAAUUUAUCAUUACGUGAUACAAAUUAUCAAGCAUUAUUGAAUGGAUCAGCAUUUCAACAUAAUCAUAUUAAUAAUAAUAGUGGUGGUGGCGGUGUCAGUACAGCGUUUCGAUCUUUAAUGAAUUCAGAGAAUCAUUCAUCUUAUCUGUCUAAUUCAACUGAGUUAAAUCAAUCUGUACAAAAUGUACUAAUGGAUAAUGCUAAUUCACUGUUGACUGAUAACAAUAGUUGUACUGGACAGUCAUUACGUCAAAAUUCUAGUUCUAAUGAAUCUAAUGUAGUUGUUUACCCUUGGAUGAACCCUAAAGGAACUGACAUAAGUGUAGAUCAGAAGAGAACUCGUCAAACCUAUACUCGUUAUCAAACUUUAGAACUGGAAAAGGAGUUCCAUUUUAACAAAUAUUUAACACGUAGGCGGAGAAUUGAAAUAGCGCAUACCCUCACUUUGACUGAACGACAAAUUAAAAUUUGGUUCCAGAAUCGGAGAAUGAAAUGGAAAAAAGAUCAUAAUAUAGCUAAACUGAAUGGUCCUGGUACUUUGGAACAGCUUGAAUUAGCUGAACAAGGAUCAACAAUUUCAACAAUAGGACGAAAAAAUCAUAAAGAUUCAUCAAUCUGUGAUGAUAGUGAUGAAGAAUGCGUAAAGCGUAAACGAUUAUCUGUUGAUGAAUUCGGUCAGUUGGAUACAAUAUCUACCAGUGGACAUAUUGUUGAUCGUAAUGCAUUUUCUACAGAACAUAAUAUUUCUGAAAAGAAUCGAAAUAUUAAACACGACUAUAUACUGGCUCAUAGAACUAAAUCUCGACAUAUUCAUCAUGGUAAACAUAAUGUUGGAGGUGAUGAUGCCGAUGAAGAUGUAGAACAAGAAGAAGAAGAAGAAGAAGACGAAGACGAAGACGAAGAAGAUGGAGAUGUUGGUGAUGAAGAUGGAAAUGAGAAUGAUGUAGUGAGCAGAACAAGAGGAAAAGAACAUCAUCGAAAUCUUAUGAGUCUAUCUACAACUGUGUCAAAUAAACAUUCAUGGUCUUUAAAUCAAUCAGAAAAAAUAAACAACUUUCAUAUUCCAGAUAGUAUUUAUUUAAAAGUUCAACAAACUGGAACUAAUUCAGAAAAUUUAAUGUUUAGAAAUGGAUGUGAAAAGAAAUGGCAUUCUUAAGACUGAAAUUUAUCCAAUUUAUUACUAACUGAACCACUUUUGAAGACAUCUUUUAAUUUUAAGUAGUAUUUAUUAUAAUCUCUAUCCUUGAUCGAGAUUUUCAUUUUUCUAAAAAAAACAGAAACAACACUUCUAACAUAAACUUUCAAUGCAUUUCUUCGCAAUCAAUCCAUUGAACAAUCAACCUUUGAUUUGUUUGUUCUUUCUGAUAUCCUUUGAAUUAGUAUGAAAACAAUUUUGAAUAUUAUUUAUUUCAUCAAUAAGAUACAGAUGGAUUGUAAAUAUACUAAGUAAUGUUCUAAUAAACGGUAACUUUCAGUUAUCUGAUUUGAAAACAAACUUUUUGACUACCUCACUCAGUAAACUCAAAUUAUCACUGAUCACAGAACUCCCUUCUUUAAUAUUGUCAUCAAGUAUCAAAGUAGACUAAUCAAGCAAUUACCUAAAGACAGUGUUCUUUCAUCCACACCCAUUCAUCAUCCACCUGACUUUUAUGCUUUUCGUGUUAUUAUUUCAUUCGAUCCCGGGAUUCUCCGUCUUAAACUCUCGCUGUGCACCCUUCCCCCUCUCUCUCUGUCUACUAUCUCCCUUAUUCAGUGGACCCAGGACUUGCGCACAAAAAAAAUCAUUUCCUCUUCACUUAUGAGUAAAGUCACUCUUGUAAAUAUAUAUAUAUAUA